AUGAUAUUGAUGAAGACGAUUUUAUUGACAUUCUGUUUCUAUUUGACACUAAAAUUGAAUCACAUUAGUGGACAACUAAAUGAACUCACCAAUGUACAACAGAAUCAAACUAUCUCACAUAUUGUUUUUGAUGCAAAUGAAACUAAUCCGAUUGCCAAGAACAAUCAAUCGGAAAUGAAUGUUACGGAUCUAGUGCAAAAUCAAUCGGAUUCAUCAUUAACAAACGAAAUUCCGAUGCCUUAUUUAUCAGUGACCACAUCGAAUGAUCACAUGUACGAUCAAAAUGCGAACGAAUCAAAUGUGAAAUAUGGAGGCGAAGAACAAGGAACAAAAUCAGAUAUUGACAAUGAAAAGAAAAGGAAGUCACAACAAACACAACUUAUCAUAGAUUUCAGUGGAACAAAUGAGAAAAGAUUAGCGUUACAAAGACAAAUAUCGGAAAGAAAUGACAGAAAAUCUUCGAUUGUACAAAAUCAAGAGCAGCGUGCAAUAUCGAAAACCGAAAGAAAUAUCAGUGAAUUUGAAGUAGAGCAACAACAAAAAAUAAUACAAACAGAAAAACAAGAUGAUCAAAAAUGUCGGAAAGAAAACGAAGUAACAAAAAUAAAUGAAAAGACGAAAAACGAAGAGAAAAUUGAUGAAAAUCCAAUACAUACCGAUAAUGAGACAAUACUCAAUACUACACAAUCCACAAAACAAAAUUCUGAAUCACCAAAAAUACAUCCAGUUACCGACGUUAUGGAGCCAACAACACAACGAUAUAUCGACAAUUCACAAGAUAUACCGAACAAGACCAAAACCAAAAUAACAACAAUCACAAUCAAAAACACCACAACCACGAUAACAACAACAAAUACAGAUAGUAAACGAAAUUAUCCAGAAAAAACAAAAACAUCAUCGGAAACACCGAAAUCACAUUCACAUGAAGUGUUCGCGAAAUUUCCCAGAGAAAAAUAUGUCGAAAACAGACAGGAGAUCAACACAACAACCAUCACAAGAAUAACCACAACAACAAAAACAAAAACAACAAUCACGAACAUAAAUACUGACAAUAAAAAUAACACUGCAAAUUUCAAACAAAAUUUAUACAGAUUAACAACGUCAAAACCAGUUACCGAAAACGCCAAAAUAAUAACAGAACAAUUACAAGACAAAGCACAAGACGUGCCCAACAUCACCACCAUCAUCAACACUGAGACUACACUCACCACUGCACAAUCCACACAACCAACAUCUGCAUCUCCAACAUCACAACCAGUUACCGAUGUCGCGCAACUCACAACAGAACAAUUACUCGACAACGCACAAGUCGUGCCCAACAUCACCACCAUCAUCAACACUGAGACUACACUCACCACUGCACAAUCCACACAACCAACAUCUGCAUCUCCAACAUCACAACCAGUUACCGAUGUCGCGCAACUCACAACAGAACAAUUACUCGACAACGCACAAGUCGUGCCCAACAUCACCACCAUCAUCAACACUGAGACUACACUCACCACUGCACAAUCCACACAACCAACAUCUGCAUCUCCAACAUCACAACCAGUUACCGAUGUCGCGCAACUCACAACAGAACAAUUACUCGACAACGCACAAGUCGUGCCCAACAUCACCACCAUCAUCAACACUGAGACUACACUCACCACUGCACAAUCCACACAACCAACAUCUGCAUCUCCAACAUCACAACCAGUUACCGAUGUCGCGCAACUCACAACAGAACAAUUACUCGACAACGCACAAGUCGUGCCCAACAUCACCACCAUCAUCAACACUGAGACUACACUCACCACUGCACAAUCCACACAACCAACAUCUGCAUCUCCAACAUCACAACCAGUUACCGAUGUCGCGCAACUCACAACAGAACAAUUACUCGACAACGCACAAGUCGUGCCCAACAUCACCACCAUCAUCAACACUGAGACUACACUCACCACUGCACAAUCCACACAACCAACAUCUGCAUCUCCAACAUCACAACCAGUUACCGAUGUCGCGCAACUCACAACAGAACAAUUACUCGACAACGCACAAGUCGUGCCCAACAUCACCACCAUCAUCAACACUGAGACUACACUCACCACUGCACAAUCCACACAACCAACAUCUGCAUCUCCAACAUCACAACCAGUUACCGAUGUCGCGCAACUCACAACAGAACAAUUACUCGACAACGCACAAGUCGUGCCCAACAUCACCACCAUCAUCAACACUGAGACUACACUCACCACUGCACAAUCCACACAACCAACAUCUGCAUCUCCAACAUCACAACCAGUUACCGAUGUCGCGCAACUCACAACAGAACAAUUACUCGACAACGCACAAGUCGUGCCCAACAUCACCACCAUCAUCAACACUGAGACUACACUCACCACUGCACAAUCCACACAACCAACAUCUGCAUCUCCAACAUCACAACCAGUUACCGAUGUCGCGCAACUCACAACAGAACAAUUACUCGACAACGCACAAGUCGUGCCCAACAUCACCACCAUCAUCAACACUGAGACUACACUCACCACUGCACAAUCCACACAACCAACAUCUGCAUCUCCAACAUCACAACCAGUUACCGAUGUCGCGCAACUCACAACAGAACAAUUACUCGACAACGCACAAGUCGUGCCCAACAUCACCACCAUCAUCAACACUGAGACUACACUCACCACUGCACAAUCCACACAACCAACAUCUGCAUCUCCAACAUCACAACCAGUUACCGAUGUCGCGCAACUCACAACAGAACAAUUACUCGACAACGCACAAGUCGUGCCCAACAUCACCACCAUCAUCAACACUGAGACUACACUCACCACUGCACAAUCCACACAACCAACAUCUGCAUCUCCAACAUCACAACCAGUUACCGAUGUCGCGCAACUCACAACAGAACAAUUACUCGACAACGCACAAGUCGUGCCCAACAUCACCACCAUCAUCAACACUGAGACUACACUCACCACUGCACAAUCCACACAACCAACAUCUGCAUCUCCAACAUCACAACCAGUUACCGAUGUCGCGCAACUCACAACAGAACAAUUACUCGACAACGCACAAGUCGUGCCCAACAUCACCACCAUCAUCAACACUGAGACUACACUCACCACUGCACAAUCCACACAACCAACAUCUGCAUCUCCAACAUCACAACCAGUUACCGAUGUCGCGCAACUCACAACAGAACAAUUACUCGACAACGCACAAGUCGUGCCCAACAUCACCACCAUCAUCAACACUGAGACUACACUCACCACUGCACAAUCCACACAACCAACAUCUGCAUCUCCAACAUCACAACCAGUUACCGAUGUCGCGCAACUCACAACAGAACAAUUACUCGACAACGCACAAGUCGUGCCCAACAUCACCACCAUCAUCAACACUGAGACUACACUCACCACUGCACAAUCCACACAACCAACAUCUGCAUCUCCAACAUCACAACCAGUUACCGAUGUCGCGCAACUCACAACAGAACAAUUACUCGACAACGCACAAGUCGUGCCCAACAUCACCACCAUCAUCAACACUGAGACUACACUCACCACUGCACAAUCCACACAACCAACAUCUGCAUCUCCAACAUCACAACCAGUUACCGAUGUCGCGCAACUCACAACAGAACAAUUACUCGACAACGCACAAGUCGUGCCCAACAUCACCACCAUCAUCAACACUGAGACUACACUCACCACUGCACAAUCCACACAACCAACAUCUGCAUCUCCAACAUCACAACCAGUUACCGAUGUCGCGCAACUCACAACAGAACAAUUACUCGACAACGCACAAGUCGUGCCCAACAUCACCACCAUCAUCAACACUGAGACUACACUCACCACUGCACAAUCCACACAACCAACAUCUGCAUCUCCAACAUCACAACCAGUUACCGAUGUCGCGCAACUCACAACAGAACAAUUACUCGACAACGCACAAGUCGUGCCCAACAUCACCACCAUCAUCAACACUGAGACUACACUCACCACUGCACAAUCCACACAACCAACAUCUGCAUCUCCAACAUCACAACCAGUUACCGAUGUCGCGCAACUCACAACAGAACAAUUACUCGACAACGCACAAGUCGUGCCCAACAUCACCACCAUCAUCAACACUGAGACUACACUCACCACUGCACAAUCCACACAACCAACAUCUGCAUCUCCAACAUCACAACCAGUUACCGAUGUCGCGCAACUCACAACAGAACAAUUACUCGACAACGCACAAGUCGUGCCCAACAUCACCACCAUCAUCAACACUGAGACUACACUCACCACUGCACAAUCCACACAACCAACAUCUGCAUCUCCAACAUCACAACCAGUUACCGAUGUCGCGCAACUCACAACAGAACAAUUACUCGACAACGCACAAGUCGUGCCCAACAUCACCACCAUCAUCAACACUGAGACUACACUCACCACUGCACAAUCCACACAACCAACAUCUGCAUCUCCAACAUCACAACCAGUUACCGAUGUCGCGCAACUCACAACAGAACAAUUACUCGACAACGCACAAGUCGUGCCCAACAUCACCACCAUCAUCAACACUGAGACUACACUCACCACUGCACAAUCCACACAACCAACAUCUGCAUCUCCAACAUCACAACCAGUUACCGAUGUCGCGCAACUCACAACAGAACAAUUACUCGACAACGCACAAGUCGUGCCCAACAUCACCACCAUCAUCAACACUGAGACUACACUCACCACUGCACAAUCCACACAACCAACAUCUGCAUCUCCAACAUCACAACCAGUUACCGAUGUCGCGCAACUCACAACAGAACAAUUACUCGACAACGCACAAGUCGUGCCCAACAUCACCACCAUCAUCAACACUGAGACUACACUCACCACUGCACAAUCCACACAACCAACAUCUGCAUCUCCAACAUCACAACCAGUUACCGAUGUCGCGCAACUCACAACAGAACAAUUACUCGACAACGCACAAGUCGUGCCCAACAUCACCACCAUCAUCAACACUGAGACUACACUCACCACUGCACAAUCCACACAACCAACAUCUGCAUCUCCAACAUCACAACCAGUUACCGAUGUCGCGCAACUCACAACAGAACAAUUACUCGACAACGCACAAGUCGUGCCCAACAUCACCACCAUCAUCAACACUGAGACUACACUCACCACUGCACAAUCCACACAACCAACAUCUGCAUCUCCAACAUCACAACCAGUUACCGAUGUCGCGCAACUCACAACAGAACAAUUACUCGACAACGCACAAGUCGUGCCCAACAUCACCACCAUCAUCAACACUGAGACUACACUCACCACUGCACAAUCCACACAACCAACAUCUGCAUCUCCAACAUCACAACCAGUUACCGAUGUCGCGCAACUCACAACAGAACAAUUACUCGACAACGCACAAGUCGUGCCCAACAUCACCACCAUCAUCAACACUGAGACUACACUCACCACUGCACAAUCCACACAACCAACAUCUGCAUCUCCAACAUCACAACCAGUUACCGAUGUCGCGCAACUCACAACAGAACAAUUACUCGACAACGCACAAGUCGUGCCCAACAUCACCACCAUCAUCAACACUGAGACUACACUCACUACUGAACAAUCUCCACCAUUAUCAUCUCUUUCUACUACGUUUAAACCUGUAACAUCUAUGGGUGUUUUGACACCUGAUUCGAAUCCGCCCAUUUUUCCUACACAGUUAAUUGAUUCACGGACAUUUUCGCAUUCGUCUUCCGAUUUCGAACGUUCUCAACGUUUUGUUCCAUCGUCUACUAAUUCUUCGUCUGAAUCUGAUCGCUAUUCUGAGGAUGAUUUUUAUGAUAUUUUGUAUGAUAGUCUUUGUCUGUUUCCUUCUCUUUCGAAUUUUUCGAGUGAUGUUUGGAAAUCUGAUUGUGCUGACAGUGAUAUUGAUUUUUUCAUCUCACAUUGUAGUUUCUCGGAGAUUUAUCAUGCUUCUUUUAAUAUUAACAAAGUAUUCUUUUUGAAACUUCUGAAAUGUUGCCGAACACUCAUCAGAAAUUAUGAUGAUUUAUUCAAUGUUUAUUCUGAUACAAAUCAUCUAUGUUACAAAUACUUUCACUGUUAA